GAUGCAUUAAUUAAUGCGGCUGACGCGCAAUUAAUGCAUCCAUAUCCAAUUGUUGGUGCUGCCUUCAUUGAAGAUGAUUAUCAAAAAUGUGUUUUCCCUUUGUUUUUUCUUUUUUCUUUUUAAAAAAUGUGCCCACUUGAUUGGGCACCGACACAACGGUCUACACCGUGUGGAGCCGGCGUGCGCAAUUUGCGUUUCAACGCUUCUAAAGAAAUUAUAAUCUAAUCUUCAGAGGGUGAUCAUGGCUGAUGCUGAAUCAGUAAUCAUCAAUACUGAAGAUUAUAUUGGCGAAACGGAAUAUCAUACUCCCAAUCGGAAGGUUACUACCCCGGAAUGGUUUAUCCUCGUCGCGAACUUCAUCUUGGAGCUUCCAUCGGCUGUUUUUGAUCAGCUAUCUUCUGUGCAUAAGCCUCAGUAUGCAUUGCUUAGUAUGUUGAUGUCUUUCAUAGUCUUGAUCCUUUCAAUCGUUGACCUUGUUUACAAGGGUCGAAAAAAAAGAGUUACAUUCAUGUGGAGGGGUUUGAUACCAUGGUUUUAUUACCAACAUCCGAAUCGAACUCUCAUGUCCUUUGGAACAUUUUCUGAGAUUAUUGGAUUAGUUUGUAGCAUAUUUCAAUGUGUUUUUACAUCAAUAGGAUAUGGCUUUUUGUAUAGGCAUGUUGAUAAUCCUAUCAACGUGAAUGCCUGGCCUGUGAUCUUUGCAUUUGGUGUAUUGUAUUACAGAGGUCCAGAAAGGCUCCCAAUCCUACGGAAUAGGGAGUCAACCCUACUUUUAAGGACACUCAAUGAAGAAGAGAAUACAGCUGUUUUUCCUUUGUCUUCAUCUACUGUUCUCAAAAUCAACAAGGGAGAUAUCACCAAGUGGUUCGUUGAUGGCUAUUCUGAUGCUAUUGUUAAUUCUGCAAAUCAGAGAAUGCUUGGAGGUGGAGGUGCAGAUGGAGCGAUCCAUAGUGCUGCUGGACCAGAACUCUUUGAUGCAUGUUAUAAGGUCCCUGAAGUCCAACCUGGAGUCCGUUGCCCCACUGGAGAAGCAAGAAUAACUCCCGGCUUCAGAUUACUUGCAUCUCAUGUGAUUCACACUGUUGGUCCUAUUUAUGGUUUCGAUGUCGACCCUGCAGCCUCCCUGAAAAGUGCAUAUAGGAAUAGCUUGAAAUUAGCCAGAGACAACAACAUCAAGUAUAUUGCUUUUCCUGCUAUAUCCUGUGGUAUUUAUGGGUAUCCUCAUGAGGAAGCUGCUGCAAUAUCUAUAUCCACAAUCAAAGAAUUUAAAGAUGACUUGAAAGAGGUGCAUUUUGUUCUGUUCUUCGAUGAGAUUUACGACGUUUGGUUAAAGAAAGCCAAAGAAUUGCUUCUACCUUGGCCUGACAGUCAAGAACGAUAAGGAAAUAUUUUCUGUCCAGUAUAACAACUUUUCAAAUUUUUGUUCUGUUUUUGGACGAUGCUUACAAAAUGUAAUUGAACAAGAAAGGCAACUACAACAUUAGCUUCGUUCCUGUAUAAACAUGCUUCAAUUGGACAAUGUACUGUUUUGUUGUUCUAUUACCAAAGAAAUUUAUCCACUUCUCAUUA